UUAAUAAAACAGGUCAUCGUUAUACUAUAAGGUGAAAAAUUUCCUACUCAUUACUGUUUUUAACAUCAGUUGUCGAUAAAUGUACAGUUUUAACACAUCUACGUUGUUUUUGUAAAACAAAUGGGCCAAAAACACUCAGUAACAGUAACUAAAACAACUCCGCAAUAAAUUAGCACCGAAAUGGCCUUCCUCCACCGAAUCAACCAUGUCUACCUCGUCAUCUUCGCAGCCGACAUUAUCGCAUUUAUCACCGGGACAUCCGUAGCCUGGUCAUCACCCGUAAUCCCUAUUUUGGAAAAUAAAGGCAUCAGUAAGAAUCCUCUAGGACAAGGAAUAACCGACGAGGAGGAGUCCUGGAUUGGCUCACUGGCCGCCAUGGGUGGAAUCUUCGGCCCGUUUAUUUUCGGCUAUUUAGUCCAAUCAACAGGACGAAAAAUAACAGUGACGCUGCUUUCAAUCCCUUACUUGAUAGCCUAUUUACUGGCGGCUUUCGCCGAUUCAGUCUACCUCUACUACGUCAGCCGAAUUUUGAUGGGCUUCGGAGUCGGAGGAAUGUUUUGCAUUCUCCCGAUUUUCGUGGUAGAAAGUGUCGAAGCGAAAAAUCGGGGCGCCCUCCAAGCCACCACCACAAGUGCCAUAAUGCUGGGCUUGCUUUUCUCGUACAGUGUGGGCCCCUAUGUGCCCAUAAGGACUUUUAACUUAAUCCUUGCGGCUUUCUGUGUCAUCUACGUGCCGGUUUUUUGGCUCGUGGCACCGGAAACCCCGUACUAUUUGUGCAGCGUAAGCCAGGAGGAUGAAGCGUUCAAGUCUCUAAUCUACUUGAGACAAAAACCGGAAACUGAGGUCCGGUCGGAGUUGGAAGGGAUAAAAAAUCACGUCAAACAGUUAAAACCAACGUCAUUUUGCGAAAUUUUUCGCACAAGAGGAACGACCAAAGCUUUUGUGUACAGUUUGGUCUUAACAACUGCGCAGCAGUUUUCCGGAGUCACCGUCAUUCUGUACUUCACCGAGAACAUUUUUCACGAAGCUGGGAGUGACAUCGCUCCGGAGGUGUGUUCGAUAAUUGUGGGCGCUGUCCAGUUUGUGGUUUCCACAAUUUCGCCCCCGUUUUUGGACACAGUGGGCAAGAAAGUGUUGCUUUUGGUCGCCCUUGCGGGGGCGAUUGCUUGCGAAGUCGUGCUGGGCGUUUAUUUUUAUUUGCAAAAGAGUGGAGAUGAUGUGUCGGGUAUUAACUGGCUGCCUAUCUUAUCACUAGUUGCGUUUAUCGCGUUUUAUAAUUUCGGCUUGGGGGCGAUUCCGUGGGCCGUUAUGGGCGAGCUUUUGCCCCUAAAUAUCAUAUCGAAGGCGUCCGUUGUGGUUACGAGUUUUUACUGGCUUGUUGGAUUUUUUCUGACAAAGUAUUUCGGUUCGUUGUCGCACGAGAUAGGGAUGGCUGGGUCCUUCUGGAUAUUUGGGGGGAUUUGUGUGUUGUUUGAACUGUUUGUUUAUUUUUUCAUGUUUGAGACGAAGGGGAAGAGUCUGAACGAGAUUCAAGCCAUUUUGAAUGCAUAAAUAAGCCAAAUAAAUAUUUUUGUAUUUUUAGUACGAAAUAAAUUUAAUAAAAAAUUU